AUGUCUUCACCCAUGGUUAUUUCUACCAUUGGAAAUAUCAAAGAAAAUUUUGACAACAUAUUAUCAAAAAGUUGUCUGGUAAAAAACUUUUGCAGAUUAGCGCUAGUUUCUGGUUUAAUUCUUUUUGUAGCCUUUGUUCUAUUUCUCAAUGAUCCAAGUUGUAGUUCUUUGAAGCUUUCAUAUACCUUUCAAAGACCAAACACCCAGUUUUCAUCAUCAUCUUCAUCUUCAUUAACACUUCCUAAUGAAGAAGGAUUAAUUGAUUCUCCAACAAAUGUAAGUCAUUUGGUUUUUGGACUCCAGAGUUCUGAAAAAACCUAUCAUUUCAGAAAAGCAUAUGUUGAAUCAUGGUGGAAACCGAACCGAACGAGGGGUUAUGUUUAUCUUGACACAAACCCUAGUGGUGAUCUUCUCCCGUGGUCAUCCAAAUCGCCGAGGUAUAGAAUCAAUGAUGAUUUAAGCAAGUUAAUUGAAGAAAUCAACCCUAUAAGCGUGCUUAUGCCGCGAAUGGUUCAUGGGAUUAUGGAGUUGUUUCGCGAAGAACACGAAGGGAUGAGAUGGUUAAUCAUGGGAGACGAUGAUACGAUGUUUUUUGUGGAUAAUUUGGUGGAUGUGCUUUCAAAAUAUGAUCAUAGAAAGUAUUACUACAUUGGGUAUCCUUCUGAAUUCGUUUUGCCCAACCAUUUGUUCAGUUUUAAUCAAGCCUUUGGUGGUGGUGGGAUUAUUUUAAGUUAUCCUUUGGCUAAAGCAUUGGUUAAUGAUAUGGAUCGAUGCCUAAGAACUUAUUCAAAUCUUUCUGCUGAUUUGAUGAUAAUGGCUUGUAUAGCUGAUAUUGGUGUGAAUCUAACUCCCAAUAACGGUGUUCACCAGAAUGAUUUAAGAGGGGAUUACUCAGGCUUUCUAUCAUCUCAUCCCAAAGAACUUGUUCUAUCCAUUCACCAUUGGGAUGUCUUAGAUCCAAUCUUCCCUUCCAUGAACCGCUUCCAAUCAGCUCAGCAUCUUAUGAAGGCGGGAAAUGUAGACCAAUCGCGUCUUUUUCAACAAACAAUCUGCCAUCACAGGCAAAUGAACUGGACAUUCUCCAUUUCUUGGGGUUAUUCAGCACACAUUUAUGAGAAAAUUCAGAGAAGAAGUUGGCUAAUGUCUCCAAUUGAAACAUUUCGCGGUUGGCGAAAAAGUAAGCAAGAACCUAAGUUCAUGUUUAACACAACGAGACCCUUUGGUGAUCCUUGUGAAGCUCCUCACAUUUUUUUCUUUGAAUCUAUCAAAAAAAUGUCAGACACCAAAGAGAUUCAUACAAUUUACGCAAGGCAAGGAUCUCGUAAUUUACCUUCUUGUGGUGUAAGUGGGAAUCAUUCUGCUGAAUUUGUCCACAAACUUCACGUUUUAUCAUCGCCAAAUAGGCGACCAGAGGUUGAUAGAGCUGAAUGUUGUGAUGUAGUUCGUGUAGCGGGGACCGGAGAAGCAGAAGUAAGGUUUAGAGAGUGCAAAAUAGAUGAGAUUAUAGCUUAA